AUGGACGUUGCGACGUUUGGGGCGACUUGUUCCCCAUGCUCCGCCCAAUAUAUUAAAAAUUACAACGCACGGCGGUUCGAAAACACUUACCCGAGAGCGGCGUCUGCUAUAAUUGACAACCACUACGUUGAUGAUUUUUUGGACAGCGUUGAUACGGUGGACGAAGCAGUGCAACUGGUAGAAGAGGUGAAAAGUAUACAUGCAGCAGGUGGGUUUAAAAUCGGUAAAUUCUUGUCGAACGCUCCUGUAGUACUUUCUCGACUAGGAGAGUCUAACGCAAACCGCUCAAAACCGUUUAAGAUAGAUGGUCACGGAGAAUCGGAACGAGUUCUUGGGAUGACCUGGAUUCCAUCCGUUGAUGCGUUUACCUUCGACACGACUAUUAUGCCGGAAAUUCGAGAGCUAGUGGACACCAAAGUGGUGCCAACUAAGCGUCAAGUUCUUCGUACCGUCAUGAAGCUGUUUGCCCCACUUGGUCGGAUCGCACACUAUGUCAUACAGGAAAAAGUUCUGAUGCAGGAUGUUUGGAGAUCGGGAACUAACUGGGACGAGCCGAUAGCAGAACAUUUGCGAGAUCGGUGGUACCGUUGGAUUGAGCUACUUCAUCAGCUAAGCUCAGUGAGGGUUCCACGUUGCUUCUUUGGUGGUGCAGAUUCGACAGCUUCAAGUGACAUAGAACUGCACGUGCUAGUAGAUGCUAGUGAAAUUCCAUAUGCCUGUGUAGCAUAUCUUAGAAUUCGGAUGGGAAAUGAAAUAAAAACUGCAUUAGUAGCUGCUAAAACGAAAGCGGCUCCGCUAAAACCACUCUCAAUUCCCCGUCUAGAGCUUCAAGCAGCACAAAAUGUGUGCUCGGAUUUAUCUUUAAAUAUCCAACGCAGGUACCUGUGGUCCGACUCAUCAACUGUGCUCGCAUGGCUACGCUCUGAUAGCCGUCGUUAUCACCAGUUUGUGGCGUUCCAGGUAGCAGAGAUUUUCUCCCUUAGUUGUAUGGACGAGUGGCGACAUAUCCCGUCGAAGCUAAAUGUAGCAGAUGAAGCAACAAAAUGGGGUUCAGGCCCAUGUUUCGAUCCAAAUAGUCGGUGGUUUCAAGGUCCCUUUUUCCUACACGACAUGGAAGAGCGCUGGCCAGAGCCGCUCAAAAGCAGUACAGUGACGUCUGAAGAACUGCGAGCUGUACACCUACACAACGUCAAAAUAGUGGAACAGUUGUUUGAUCCAGAACGUUUCUCAAAAUGUUCGCGUAUGGUUCGAGCAAUGGCUUACGUACACCGCGCGGUAACAGUCUUCAAGAAAGGUCAACGGAUGACAGAGAUUCUACAAUGCGAGGAACUUCAGAAGGCGGAGAUGACCAUAACUCGUCAAGUACAAGCACAAACAUAUCCAGAUGAAAUAGCAAACCUGCGUACGGGUAACACUGUCGAAAAAUCUAGUAGCAUACGCAAACUAGUUCCUUUUAUCGAUGAGUAUGAAGUCGUUCGGAUUGGGAGUCGAACCGGAGCUGCUCCAACCAUCCCGUAUUCAGCUAGAUUUCCAGCAAUACUUCCCAGAAAAUAUCGUGUCACGGUUUUGCUAAUAGAUCACUAUCAUCGUGAAUUUCUUCAUGGGAAUAACGAGACAGUUCACAAUGAAAUUCGGCAACGCUACUUUAUUCCUCGUCUGCGAACUACUAUUCGGACUGUAGCCGGUCUGUGUCAGUACUGUAAGGUCAAAAAGACAGCUCCAAGUUCUCUGUAA